AUGCUUCAGUCUCAUCGCACCCAGAAACAAAGCCCAUGUGCCGUGUUACAAGAGCAAAGUUUGCAAACUGCAAGACAGGACAGCGUACAGCCUGCUAAGCACCUUGCAGAACGGAAAGAUGGUGUUGUAACGAUCACCCAGUGUCCCAUUGCGCCUUACAAGACCAUCACAACAAGUGGCGGGCUAUUCAAUACGGUCAUAAUCGGACUCCAAGCAUGGGAAGGGCUGUUUGGUGGUAUUGUGAUCAAUGGACCAGCCAUGAUUAUCUUGAAUGACUGGGAUUACAAUACCGUGGAUCAGCUCUUCAUGACUGUUCAGAAGUACGCGCCGCCAACUCUUGCUACUGCCGUGAUUAACGGAACAAAUGUCUUCGGCACUGAUGGUACUGUGAAUCAAACUGGAACUCGCUUCAAUGCCUCGUUCACGGCAGAAACUUCUUACUGA